CGCCCCAAAGCUCUCUGCUAAAAUUUUGCCUCCAAACUGGAAGGAGAGCCGAGGCACUUUCCCUGCCUCUGAUGGAGUCCAUGGCUUUCCUCCUGCCCUCCCCCAAGCUCCCCGUAAUGCUAAACCCUACCUGCCGGAGAGUAUUUUAUUCCUUUAUUUAUUGCCAAAGAGCAAAUCCAAAUGCUUUGCCUAUGGAAUGGACCAGAUUGAACCAAAGGAUGCAAAUUUCCAGAGACUGUCCAGUUUGCCCAAUGUAUGGAGUGGAAAUCUAUCAACUGCAUGAAAAAACUUGUACAGAUACAGACAGACAUCAUCUUCCUUUCCAAAUGCAAACAGAUGGACAUCGUACCAAAAGGACUGAAGGUAAAAAAUCCAUUACAAUCUACAUACCACACAGACUAUGCUGACAGCUUGUGCCACACGCUCUCAAAGAAACUGCGGAACCACCUGAUCAACAUCCUCUACAGCAAACAGGGAAAGAUAAAGAAUGAGCUCUCAAAACUGGAUAUUCUCAUAACAAACCAACCUUCCACACAAACUUCCUCGUGGCUGGAUUUUACUAAAACUAGACAAGCCAUUUACAACACACACUUUGCUUCUCUACAAAAGAAAAAGGACACUAAACUUUCUAAACUACUACAUGCCACAAGGGGCCACAGCAAUGGUUCCCUCACCCCACCCAGCAAUAUUGUUAACCUAUCCAACUAUACUCUUAGCCCAGCAGAAGCAGCUGUCCUAUCUCGGGGCCUCUCCUUCUGCCCCUCCACCCCCACGAACAUGAUACAGUUCUGUGGUGACCUAGAAUCCUAUUUUCGACGUCUCCGACUCAAGGAAUAUUUCCAACACACCUCUGAACAACAUACUAAUCCACAGAGACCUCCCUACCAACACUACAAAAAGGAUUCUAGGUGGACUCCUCCUGAAGGUCGAGACAGCAGACUGGACUUCUACAUAGAGUGCUUCUGCCGACGUGCACGGGCUGAAAUUGUGGAAAAGCAGCAUCACUUGCCCCACAACCUCAGCCGUGCAGAACACAAUGCCAUCCACAGCCUCAGAAACAACUCUGACAUCAUAAUCAAAAAGGCUGACAAAGGAGGUGCUGUUGUCAUCAUGAAUAGGUCGGAAUAUGAACAAGAGGCUGCUCGGCAGCUCUCCAACACCCCUUUCUACAAGCCAUUACCCUCUGAUCCCACUGAGAGUUACCAAAAGAAACUACAGCAUUUGCUCAAGAAACUCCCUGAAAAAGCACAAGAACAAAUCCACACAGACACACCUCUGGAAUCCCGACCUGGGAUAUUCUAUCUACUACCCAAGAUCCAUAAACCUGGAAAUCCUGGGCUUCCCAUCAUCUCAGGCAUUGGCACCCUGACAGCAGGAUUGUCUGGCUAUGUAGACUCCCUCCUCAGGCCCUACGCUACCGGCACUCCCAGCUACCUUCGAGACACCACUGACUUCCUGAGGAAACUACAAUCCAUCGGUGAUCUUCCUGAUAACACCAUCCUGGCCACUAUGGAUGUAGACGCCCUCUACACCAACAUUCCACACAAAGAUGGACUACAAGCCGUCAAGAACACUAUUCCCAAUAAUGUCACGGCUAACCUGGUGGCUGAACUUUGUGACUUUGUCCUUACCCAUAACUAUUUUACAUUUGGGGACAAUGUAUACCUUCAAAUCAGCAGCACUGCUAUGGGUACCCGCAUGGCCCCACAGUAUGCCAACAUUUUUAUGGCUGACUUAGAACAACGCUUCCUCAGCUCUCGUCCCGUAACGCCCCUAUUCUACUUGCACUAUAUUGAUGACAUCUUCAUCAUCUGGACCCAUAGAAAAGAAGCCCUUGAGAAAUUCCACCAUGAUUUCAACAAUUUUUAGCCAAUGAGAAUGCAGAGGCAGUCCGUAUCUGAUUGUUACUGCAAAAUGAGCUUUUGUCUACGCAAAACCAAGAGGGGAAAUUUCCACUCUCAGUUAUGGGCAUAACACUCAUUGACUGUAAUGGAUUUACCACAGAUUGAUACCAGUGUCACUAACAGAGAACAGACUUUGGCCCAUAUUUGGUCACCAUAACUUUAUAAUGAGUCCCAAUUGCCCUGGUUCAGUUAAUUUGUGGCAAAGACUCAUGGAAUAUAUUUAUCAAUUUCCCCCCCUCAGAAACAAAAAUAAAAUCAUAAACCAGUGUUUAAAUAUGAGUAAUAUACACCAGCUAUUAGGCAGUUACAUUAGUACUUAGCCUUUGGCCUCUGAAUGCACACAAGGUGUACUAUUAUGUUUGUGUCGUUUAAGGCCUCUCAUGUGUUUAAGGCCUCUCAUGUUAAUUUAAGGCCUAAAUUAACAAACUCCCAGCUGAUAUCAGGAAUAGGUCUGAGACAGUGCCAUAAUCAGGCAUCAUGCCUUUUCAGAUGGAUAGCAACUGUAGCAACCUGAAGGAUUCAUAGAUUCUAAGACCAGACUUGGCCAUUGUGAUCAUCUCUAGUCUGACCUCCUCCUCUAUAACACAGGCCAUAGAUCUUCCCAAAAAGAAUUCCUAGAGCAUGUAUAUAUAGGAUAUAAUUCAGCCUACUGAUUUGUAUGAAAGCAGGAAAAAAUGUUACUGUCAUUAAAGGUUUGAUCCUGCACUAGAAAUCAAUGGGUGGUUCUCCAUGGACUUGAAUGGGAGUCUAGGAUCCACCCCUUAGGGAAGAAACUUAACUCAGAUGGAAUCUUAACAGAUGCGAUUAUAAUAAACAAAAAACAAUUCCCCCCAACCCUGAGGGAAUCUAGUCCCAGAUGGAGCUCUGAGGAGCUACUUAUUCUCCUUCUGUCUGCAUUCUGCCACCCUCGCAAGCUUGGCAACCAUCAUUGGAUUGAGGGGGACACAAUUAAAUACGUUUGAUGGCCUUGGUCCAUAGGGCCUGAUUUAGCCAAGACCUUAAACACAUGUGCUUUGCUGAACAGCGAUGGGAUUACCCAAUCACUUGAGGGCUUGACUGAAUCAGGGCCAUAUUCAGCAAGAGAUCCUUGUUCAUGUCACCAAAAAACACCAGAUGUUUGAGACGUGACUGCAGGAGUGGACUGGCCCAGGAUGUUUGAGGUGCUGAAAGCAUCCUAACCUGUUUAGUAAAUAGUUACAUUAUUGUCUGAUCCAAGUGACCAGUGGCCAUUUCAAGGCACAUCUUGUGAACCAACAAGGAUAUAAACCAGGUUGGUCAAAAAUUUUCCUUUGAAUCUUUUUUUAAUGACAGAAAAAUGGGCGUUUUGAGCAAACGAAAAAUGUUGCAUAAAGUGUCUGCGCUUCUUGAACAUUUUUGACUUUUUGUUGGCAAGCUGAGAAAACAAACAUUUUCAGCCCCCAAAAAAGCCCAACUCUUUUGAGCCUUUUUCAGCUGAAUUUUUUUUGUUUCUCAUCAGAAAAUUGGCAGAAAAAUGAAAAACAAAUUAAGUUUCACUUUGCUGCAGAAAAGUUGAAAUUUUCCACUGCAAAUUUCAAUGUCAACUUUUUCUGGUUGAUAUUUUCUGUGUGUGUGUGUGGGGAGGGAAAUAGCGUUUUCUGGCUAGCUUUAAUAUAAAUUAUAUGCUCCGGGAAAGCCGAGAAUCUCACCUUCCCACUAAGACAAAGACCUGAGAAAUGUAUCCACUAACAACAUUCCCAGCUGGGUAGAUGAUUGCCAGGGAGCGGACAUGCUCAUUUCUGAGGGCAACAGUAUCUAUAAUAAAUUCCGUAGUAAAAAUAAAACCUUACGGGGGCUAUUGCACAUCCUAUGCAGCGUCUGAACUUGCGAACAUCAGCCAACACAUGCUUAUUCAGAAGUGACACCGCAUCCAUUUCAGUGAGCUCAACACAGCCCACUAGACUGAGAUGCCACCUACUCCCUCUGCAGUUCAGACAAACAUGCUGAAUUGAAGGUUAUUUACCGAGCAAAGGAAUUGUCAUGCCAGUGAAAAGCACUAGAUUAAAAAAAAAGUUUUUAUGUCAGUGUGGACCAUCUGCCUAGUUGGGGUGACUAAUGGCUCCUUACAACAUGACAUUUAAAAAUGCAACAAAGCAUGAUCAAAAAGUAAAGCUAGUUUUUAUGGCACUUGGAAGGGGGGUUCGGCUGUGACUCAGUUAGGCAGGUGAGCAUAUGACUCACUAUAAACCUGUGAGUAGUGCUGUUGAAGUCAAUGAGGCUACUCACAUGCUUAAAGUUAGGCACAUGCUUAAGUAGCUUGCUGAAUCAGAGACCCAGAAAGGAGAGAAAUGUCCUGUUAGCACAGGGUCCAAAGAUGCACUCAGUGCAAUUACCCAUGUGGUGCCACCCCUCGCCAGUGCAAUGCAGCCCCACACAGACACACACACACACUCAGACACAACACAAAUGCUCCAAGCAUGCCUCACUAUUAGAGUAUCAUAUACUAUUACUUUAUGUAAAAGAGAUUGUCGAUCAGCAAUACACCGAAGACAUGUUUAGUUCCUGAGAAAAUCCAUCUGUACUUCAUUAUUAUUUUUAA